AUGGACGUAGAUACGGAGAAAGUUGAUGGUCAUGAAAAUCAUAGUGAUAAUUCAUCAUGUUCUGGAGCAAAAUUGAGUGAAAUAACUAAUACUAAUGCAGUAGAUAAAAAUAAAAUAGAAGCAGAUGAAGAAGAGCCCAGCAAAACUACUGAAAAUAUAGACUUUAAAGUUAUUUACAAUAAAAAAAAAAUUGAUAUUACUUUUCCUCUUGAUGGAUUAGUUAUCGAUUUAAAAACUCACUUACAAAAAAUAAUAUCGGUACCAAAAGAAAUGCAAAAAGUUAUGAUCAAAGGUCUAGCCAAAGAUCAAGAUACUCUUCGUAGUCUAGGAGUUACGAACGGGGCUAAAGUUAUGAUAGUGGGGUCCAAAUUAGAUGACGUACUAUCAGUAUCUGUUCCCAAUAAGCAAGAAGUUCAAGAUGAAGCUGCUGAAGCUUCUAGCAAAGAACCAUUGACACAACAAAAGAUACAUAAAAAAAUUUUAGAUAAGGGCGUGCCUGAAGAUGCUAUGCCUGGAAUUAUAAACGUUAAGGAUCCUCUUCCAGAUUGCCCACUAUCAGGAAUGCUUAAUAAAUCUGGUGGCAAAGUUAGAUUAACAUUCAAGCUAGAACAAGAUCAGUUAUGGAUUGGAACUAAAGAAAGAACUGAUAAAAUAUCAAUGAGUUCAAUAAAAGGAAUUCACAGUGAACCAAUUCCUGAGUUUCCUGAAUAUCACAUUAUGGGAAUCCAAUUAGGUACAACAGAAGCAUCGAGAUAUUGGAUAUAUUGGGUUCCAGCACAAUACAUUGCUGCCAUAAAAGAUGCUCCGAUGCGAGCGCAUUCACAGAUCCAAAUAACAUCCCACCAAUGGCAAGAAGAAAUUUAAACCACGUGUGA